GAAGGAGCGGUCUCCGGGCAGCAGCUCCGUUAGUUAGUGCUUAGAGUUGGCUACAUUGAUCAAGCUUUCCUGUGGACGGAGUAAAAGCAACACUUUGUAUUUCCCCCAUAUUGGAAACUUCACUCAGCCCUGAAUCUCCAAAGGUCAACAGGUCAAGCCGUCCUCUACUGAUUUAAUCAGGAGGUUUUUUUUCCACAAUGAAUGUGUCCCAGACAAUGAAGACAGAGGAGGAUCUGACUUGUCUCCACAUCAAGCUUCACCACCCUCAGCAGAACUGUAAGGGUCUUUACAGGCUGCUUCCUCUGGGGAACAAGAGUGAACAUGCGGCAGAAGACCCCCUCCGGCUGGGCCGUGACGCCCAGGCCUGCACCUUCGCCCUGGAUGACGGCAGGGUGUCCCGCAAACAGCUGGCCAUCCAAGCCUACCGCGUCCCCAAGAGCCCAGACAUGCUGUUCAGCAUCCAGAACCUGAGCCAGAGGGGACAGCUGUCAGUGAACGGCUCAUCGCUGGGCUACCUGGAGAAGCUGGACCUCCCGGACAAGGCUCUGAUCCGGUUCGAUAAGUAUGAGAUGUUGAUCAUCUGUGAACUUGGUGAGGCCAAGGAAAGCUUCGCAGUGGAGUUUGAGGUGCUGGCGGUGCCUCCGUCCAGAGAGACAUGCCCAUGUGUGCCUAGUAUGACACCCGUCAUGGACACAGGGUCAUGUGUUAUGAACAGUUUUCCAGGUGAACUCAGAGUACUCGGGCCCCUUGAGAAUGAUGAGACCAUCAUGUGUCGAUCAUGAUGUUUGUUAUACUUUACUGACAUGCAUUUGUAAGCAAUACUAUUUGCUGUGUAGUUGUUACAUUAGAGCUAAAGCAAGCUUGAUAUGAGCCCUUUUAAUAAUGUGAAAUCAGAGUGUUAUUAUGCAUGCUGUAUAUAUUGCCCCAUGUCUAUGGAUUUAAACUGUGAUCUUAUUAUGUUAUAAAAGCUUAUGGUAUUCCUUUCUACAUUUCCAAUAUGAACACAUUAAACUGUUUUUUUUUCUAAA